GGGAGUAGGGGGAUGAUUUAGGCUAUUAUGAAAGGAAGAUAGAGACAGAGUGAGGAAGAGAGAUCGUGUCGUGCAGACGACAGCAUCCUUAUUGCAACAGGGGCUGCAGUUACUUAAAGAGAGAGAAAAAACCUCAUAACAUUAGAAAAGGCCAGUGGCCAUUAUUGACGCAGCGCGCGGCACCAGCAGCGUCACUUGAGGAGACAGGGAGACGCGAGCACGUCCUCAUUCAAGCGGUUUUACAAAGGAGCUAAAAGGCCUCUGUCUCUCGUCUGGGUGUGGUUGCAGUAGGAGGAUGAGGAUUCUGUUGUGUCUGCUGUCUCUCAGCUCUCUGGCUCUGAGCUACGCAUUGGGUGGGGAUGUGUGUGUGUCGGGUCACGACAGUGGGCCUGUGUUUGAGGAGCAGCCGUCUAGCCUGAUUUACCCGGAGGGGAUGCCAGAAGGCAAGGUGACCCUGAGCUGUCAGGCUCGCGCCAGCCCUGCUGCUAUUUACCGGUGGCGUGUGAAUGGCACUGAAAUAGCAUUUGCUGAAGAUUCGCAGUACACACAGGUUGCAGGAAAUCUUGUGAUCAAUAACCCUCAGAAUGGGCGAGAUGGUGGGUCGUACCAGUGUCUCGCCAUCAACCGCUGUGGCACCAUUGUUAGCCGAGUAGCUAACCUCAAAUUUGGCUACCUCCAUGAUUUCCCCCCGGAGAGUAGAAGCCCUCAGACGGUCAAUGAGGGUACGGGAACCUUUCUUGCCUGCCAACCACCAGCUCAUUAUCCGGCUUUGUCCUACCGCUGGUUCAUCAAUGAGUUCCCCAACUUCAUCCAGCCAGAGGCGGGCAGAUGGUUUGUUUCUCAGGUGACGGGUAACUUAUACCUUGCUAACGCAAGAGCCAAUGACACAGGCAACUAUUUCUGCUUCACCACCAUCAACAUGGACGUCAGCACCAAGAGCAUCUUCAGCAAAGCUGUCCAGCUCACUGUUUACCCUGAUGCCAACCCAAGGAAAGCCUCUCCAAAUAUCCGAGUGCGUUUUCCCGCUGAGACGUAUGCAUUAUCAGGACAAACUGCACAGCUGGAAUGCUUUGCCUAUGGCAAUCCCAUUCCUAAAAUCCGCUGGAGGAAGGUGGAUGGGAUUUUACCACCUAAGGUCGGAGCAAGCGCAGAGGGGCCCAUCUUGAUUAUUCCUGAACUGAAUUUUGAUGAUGAAGGCAUGUAUGAGUGUGAGGUUUUCAACUCAGAGGGCCGUGAGACACAUCAAGGACGUGUCUCUGUGCAAGCCCAGCCUGAGUGGCUUCAGGUCAUGAGUGACUCCGAGGUGGAAAUAAGUUCAGAGCUGCAGUGGAGCUGUGCUGCUGCAGGCAAACCAAGACCCACCAUUCGUUGGCUUCGUAACGGACAGCCCCUCAGCACACAGGACCGUGUCGAAGUGAACAAUGGGCGACUGAGAAUCAGUAACCUCGCCCUAGAGGAUUCCGGGAUGUAUCAGUGUGUGGCCGAAAACAAACAUGGCACCAUUUACUCAAACGCUGAGCUCAGAGUUCAAGUCCAGGCUCCAGACUUCAGGUUAAAUCCAGUGCGGAAGCUGGUUCCUGCUGCCCGUGGCGGACAGGUUAAAAUGGAGUGUAAACCUCGGGCGGCUCCCAAACCCACUCUCUUUUGGAGCCGUGGCACAGAGCUACUGACCAAUAGCACCAGGAUAACAGUCACUCCAGAUGGGGUUCUGUGGAUCUACAACAUCAGUCGUGCCGAUGAGGGAAAGUACACCUGCUUUGCUGAAAACUACCUUGGCAAAGCCAACAGCACAGGACACCUGUCUGUCAGGGAUGCCACAAAAAUCACAUUAGCGCCUUCUAAUGCUGACAUCAAUCAGGGUGAAAAUGCCACUCUGCAGUGCCAUGCGUCACAUGACCCUACAAUGGACCUUACCUUCACCUGGUCCCUCAAUGGAGUUCUGUUGGACCUAGAGGAACCAAAUGGACACUAUCGGCGUAUGGAGGGGAAAGAGACGAUUGGUGACCUGGUGAUUGUGACCGGACAGCUCAGUCACGCUGGCACGUACACCUGCAUGGCCCAGACGGUUGUAGACAGCGCGGUGGCCUCGGCCAAGCUGGUUGUGAGAGGCCCACCAGGACCUCCUGGAGGUUUAGUGGUGACUAGUGUCAAUGACACAUCGGUUGAGUUGAGAUGGAGCCGUGGAUAUGACAACCACAGUCCCAUUGGCAAGUAUGUCAUCCUGGGCCGAUCUUCACAGACUCACGACUGGAAGAGAAUGAGGACAGACCCUGCGAACAUAGAAGGAAAUGCUGAAUCUGCACGUGUGAUAGAUCUUCGACCCUGGAUGGAUUAUGAAUUCCAAGUCAUUGCCAGCAACAUUUUGGGUAGUGGAGAACCAAGCAUGCCCUCCCAGCCCGUCCGAACCAAACAAGCAGCACCCACUGUGGCUCCCAGCGGACUUGGUGGAGGUGGAGGAAACCAUAAUGAACUUAUCAUUACAUGGACUCCCAUGGCCAGGGAGUAUCAGAAUGGAGAUGGCUUUGGCUAUAUCCUGGCAUUCAGAAAGCAAGGCGUGCCAACAUGGACAGUGGUGAGGGUGCCACACGUGGAGUCAUCACGAUAUGUCUACAGCAAUGAAAGUCUGUCAGCCUACUGUCCUUUUGAAGUCAGAAUCAAGGCCUACAACAAGAAAGGCGAAGGUCCCUUCAGCCAGAUUGCUGUAGUACAUUCAGCAGAAGAGGAACCUACCAUAUCCCCAAGAAGGAUUAAUGCCACUGCUCUGACUGCUUUUGAGAUUCUGGUGUCCUGGGAGCCCAUUCAACAUCUGAACAUUAACGGAGUUCUUCGGGGUUACGAGAUUCGUUAUUGGCGACAACAUGAACGUGAGGCGGCUGCGGACCGUGUGAGAACAGCAGGGCUGGAGAACACGGCACGAGUCACAGGCCUGAGGCCUAACACUCUCUAUCAUGUCACCGUAUUGGCCUACAACAGUGCAGGCACUGGCCCACCUUCCCCAAGAACCACUGUCAUCACCAAGAAACCUCCCCCCAACCGUCCUCCAGGCAACGUCUCAUGGAAGGCUGAUGGUUCUUGGGUUACUGUGAGGUGGGAUCAUGUUAAAUCCAUGGACAAUGAGUCUGCCGUUCUGGGUUACAAAGUCCUUUACAAGCAUGAAGGACAGUCUGCCUUGAAGAUACUGGAGAAAAACAAGAACUCCAUCAGUCUGCCGUUACCCAAGGACAAUGGUUAUGUGGUUCUGGAAAUCCGCUCUUGGGGAGAUGGAGGAGAUGGAGCAGCCCAUGAGACCAUAGUGUCUCGAGACUCAGGCACUGGAAUGAUGGUCCAGAACAACGCUGCCACUUCUGGGUCGCUCUGCACAUCUCUUCUGGGGUUCACUGCACUCAUUCUCAUUGGCUCUUCGGGACUGUGAUGUUAGCUGAUGAUGAGGCAUUUCUUAUUAAUAUGAAGGAUAAUUGAGCAGGUUUUCCCCUCAGAAGAGGUAGGGCUGUAAGUUUUGGAAAUGUGAGGAGUGGAAGAUUCUUUUGUAUAAAAAGCUUUUUUACAAGGAUGACUGGUCAAAGAGAGCGGUUGUGGGAGACUGUUUUCGAUUGUUAUAAUUUUAGACGCUUGCCUUAUGGAAACGCAAACUUAAGCGGUGGUCAUGUCAGCAUUUGGUUGUAGUUUCUAAAAUUCAACAACUUCGUCAUAGGUGUAAAUACACAUGGAUGUAUUGGUGACAUUUCCAUAAUGGAUAAAACAAAACUUUUUUAAUACUCUGUUGCUACUUCAUGGCAGCAUGUGGACUGCAGAAUGAUCCAAAUGAAUGUUUACCUUUUUUAUUUAAUCUUUUAGUUUUGUGAUAAUGCAAUUAGAAGCAAGAGCGGAUUAUGGUUUUUAUCAACAGUGUUUUGUAUCUGUGUUGAAUGAUUGUAGCAUUCAGUGUUCUGGUUUUUCAAGAUGAAAAGUCUCACGAAAGCAGUGGUACAACACAACCUGAUUCUCGUGUGGUUGUUAAAGUGAGCUUGGCUUGCCAAAGUCACUCCGUUAUCUUAUUAUUAUUGCUUUGUCUUUUUUUCUCAGUGAUUACGUAAAAAAUUGACGUCCAUGGGUUGUUCCUUUCUUUCUUGGCACAUCACAAGAGCGAGACACUGGACAUUGAACAAUACUGAAGAUAACAUUCAUGGACUAACUAGUUAAUUAUUAUCCUAUAAUAUCAUAAUAUAUUAUAGGAUAUUGUUUUAAAGAACUGAAUCAUGGCUGAUUUUUGGAGACUGUCCCUAAUGAUGACACCUUAUCAUACUUUAUGUAACAAGGGCCAUUUGGCUGAAAGAAUUAGGAGACACAUGUUUUGGAAUUGGUGAGGGUUCUGGGGCUCUCUAACAGGUCCCAGGACGCUUGUCAGGUACAAAAUCCAGCUCAGCCGAAACCUGCCAUUUGUUGUUUACCAAAACCAAUAUGGAUUUGUAAAUGUCGUCCUUAUUUAUUUUAUUUAUUAAUGAGGACAAAACUGACAUUUCAAAGCUUCUCUACUGUGCUUUUUACAUAUCGUCUUUCAAAUCUAUGGCAUCACCUAAAAAGUGCAAAGUGAAAUUGCACUUUCAGUGUAGCAGGUGAAAUCUGACAGUAUUCAACUAUAAAAUCAUUUGUUUUUGCAUUGAAUUUCAGUCUGACACCAAAAUGAAACCAUGUUCCCUGCAUUGCUUUUCAUUUGUGCCUGUUCAGUGGGAUAAUUUCCUUGGAAAUGUAUUUUUUUCUAUUUAAUGUUUCUAUUUAAUGUAUUUAAUUUUCUAUUUAACAGUUUUCAUCAAGUUCUUACUGUAAAUAUCGCAAUUUUCUUCAUGCGAGGAGUGCUUGAUAGUUUGAGCUCCUUAAUUUAGUUUUUUACAUCUUCUCUUAA